AUGGCACCCGUAGAUGGUGUCCCUUCUACUCUAGCGCCAAUCGCCGAAUCGGAACGACGCGGACCUCUGGAAGACGACCCAAACUCCUCAGCAUCGAAUCUCGCCACGCCGCCGCAAUCCCCCGCCGGUCCUCACCAGCCAAAACGGUCAUCUUUGAACGAUAUAUUGCGGGAAAACAGCCGGCAUCGCUUGUUCGUCCGUCCCUGGAAAUGGACCUCACGGCAUCUGCGGCUGCUGGACUGCCGAUUCCUUCUCGAGAAAGGGGAACGGAAGUCCGAGGUAAUGGACACCGAAAGCUCCGUUCAAGAUGGCUUGACAAUCAGCCAACAACAGAAACGUCCCGGGCACCUUUCAAGCGAGGAGGUUGCUACUGCUAUAGAUCACUUGUCUUGUGACAGCCAUAGGCUCAGGCUGUCGGCAAUUGGACUUCUUCUCUCCGAUCAUGGUUUCCACCAGCGCCCGUGCUCCAACCUGUACUUCUACUUCCAUCAGAGGAUUGUCACGACCCUACGAAUUGAUGGCCUUUUCUCAUUCCCAUCAUCUCGCUCAGACAUUCCCCCUCUUGCGUACCUUGACCUUAAAAAGCUGCGCUCGCGAGGUGAGAUGCUAGUCGUGCCUUCAGCCAGCCGCAGACCCAAUCCGCCCGUCGCCCGUCUUCGGUUAAAGCACCAACGCCGUUUCCGACCGGCAAACGAAAUCGAAGAUCCAUACAUCGUGGCCGUUCUGGUCGCUCUUGCCCAAAAGCGACAGCAGUACCGCUUCCGCAAUCUCGCGGCGGAUCUCAAGGUUCAUGUUUUGGUUCUCCCGACGGACGCACAGCGCUUCUUUUUCUAUACGGCUCGUUUCUCGGCCCCGUUCCUCAAUCGAUUCGACCAGCCGUCUAAAUAUUUCCCAGGCGACCCGCUCUGCAUCUCCUAUUGCUCUAUUCCAUUCGCACCCAUAGCAGACACGAUCCGAGGAAUGGAAAAGGCAAUGUCCAUAGUCCCCGAUAAUGGUCAACGGGAGCAGCCGUCAGAGGACAACCAUGAGGAGUUUUGAUUACAGCACCAUGCAUGGAUGUAGACGAGGCUUAGCAGCCCUCAACGAUGGUGGGUGCUGCCGAGAGGCUACCUCCAACACACGGCCAAAUGUGGCCUCGAUCCAUGAGACCAAGGCCAUUUGCUAUGCGGAACUUCAUGAAGGAUGGGCACACGAGUCGC